UAUACUGAGCCGCCCCAGAGAGCGUCAUGCGUUUUCACUUUCUUGCCGCCCGUCGUCAAACUCGAGCUCAACACCAGAGAGGAUGACCACGCCUGGAAACGAGAAGGAGUGGCACCUGAACGACCAGGAGGUCGCCCCCGAAAGCACAGAACACUCCCAGCCCGUGGCGACGUCACCAUUGGAGGAGGUGGUCUCGGACAAGGACUUUGAAAAGGAUGUGGAUAGUGGAGUGAAGCGCCCUGCGAACCAUCGUCGGCAGCUUUCCCGCUUGGAUAGCACUACGAGUGGAACCACCGACUAUACCGACGAUGUGCUGGAGGCGAAAAGCCAGGCGAGCGCGAAGCAGAAGAAGUGGUACAGGCGGUUGAACGUGCUGAAAUGGGGCAAGAAACCACCAGUGCCGGAGACGCGGCAGGUGUCGCGGGAGUUCCAUGCGGGCUUCCUCAGCCUGAUGACUUUCCAAUGGAUGGCGCCCCUAAUGACGGUCGGAUAUCAACGCCCCCUCGAAGUCAACGACAUAUGGCGUGUCAACCCCAAUCGAAGUGCCGAUGUGUUGGGCAAGAAGCUAGACGCUGCUUUCAAGAAACGCGUAGCGAGCGGCGACCCAAAGCCCUUGAUGAAGGCCCUCUACGAUACUUUCAAAUGGGAAUUCAUAUUCGGUGGCUGCUGCCAGCUCACGUCGAGUUUACUGCAGUCGCUCGCGCCCUUUGUUCUUCGAUACCUGAUCAAUUUCUCCGUGGAGGCCUACGUUGCGAAAACAUAUGGCCGGCCGGCUCCCAGCGUUGGGAAAGGAAUUGGACUAGUCAUUGGAAUCACACUCAUGCAGAUGGUGCAAAGCAUGGCAACAAAUCAUUUCAUGUAUAGAGGCAUGAUGAUCGGAGGUCAAGCACGCGCUGUGCUCAUCGCGGUUAUAUUCGAUAAGGCAAUGCGACUGUCUGGCAGGGCAAAGGCGGGAGGAAGGCCACCUGAUGCCCCUGAGGCGCCACCGCCAGAAAUUAAGCCUGGGACCCCCGAGGAAAAGAAAUGGUACAAGCGGAAGCUCAAGAAGGAGAAAGAAGCGAAAGCAAAGCCGGGCGAAAAGGGAAUAUUAGGGGACGGCCAGGGCUGGGGCAACGGACGGAUCAUCAAUUUGAUGUCUACGGAUACCUACCGAGUCGACCAGGCCUCCGGCAUGUUCCACAUGAUUUGGACAUCUCCCGUUGCCGUUCUGCUUACCUUAGCCCUCCUGUGCAUCAAUCUGACAUACAGCGCCCUAGCUGGAUUCGGCCUGCUAAUGAUUACCAUGCCUCUACUUGGAAUGGCCGUCAGAGCUCUUUUCAGGCGGAGAGUCGGCAUCAACAAGAUGACGGAUCAGAGAGUUAGUCUGACCCAGGAGAUCUUGCAAGCAGUCCGCUUUGUAAAGUACUUCGGAUGGGAGACAAGCUUCCUGGAUCGAGUCGACGCAAUCAGGACCAAGGAAAUCCACGCAGUCCAGAUCCUGCUUUCCAUUCGCAAUGGGAUUCUCGCUGUUGGAAUGUCCAUGCCAGUCUUUGCGUCCAUGCUGUCGUUCAUCACAUACUCGCUCUCAAACCACGUCCUAAACCCAGCUCCCAUUUUCUCUUCCUUGGCAUUGUUCAAUUCCCUUCGACUUCCCCUCAAUUUCCUUCCCAUGGUCAUCGGUCAGGUCACUGAUGCGUUCUCGUCAAUCAACCGCAUUCAAGAGUUCUUGAUGGCGGAGGAGGCCCACGACGAUGCUGAAUGGGACUAUAAUAAAAAGGAGGCUAUCGUAGUGAAGCAUGCCGACUUUACCUGGGAACGGACACCAACUCAAGAAACAGGGAAUGAGGAGUCCCAAAGCCCACAAGCUCAGAAGAAAGCCAAGGAGGCGGCCAGAGCACAGAAGGCGAGGAAGUCACAGGAAACGGACAAGGAGAAGGACAUGGGUGACGCGAACGACAGCUUAAGCACAAUGACGGUCGAAGAGCCGUUCAAACUCCGAGAUAUCGAUCUUGCCAUCCAACGCAACGAACUCAUCGCCGUGAUUGGUACUGUCGGGUCUGGAAAGAGCUCGUUGUUGGGCGCCCUGGCUGGAGAUAUGCGGAGGACGAGCGGAGAAGUCAUCUUGGGUGCGUCGCGUGCCUUCUGCCCUCAAUACGCAUGGAUCCAGAACACAACGGUCAGGGAAAACAUCAUUUUCGGCAAGGACUUCAAGCAUGACUGGUACAAUGAGGUCAUCGACGCUUGUGCUUUGCGCCCAGAUCUCGAGAUGCUGCCAGCUGGAGAUCGCACGGAAAUCGGCGAGAGGGGAAUCACGGUUUCCGGAGGACAGAAGCAACGUUUGAACAUCGCUCGCGCCAUUUACUUCGACGCCGAUAUCGUCUUGAUGGAUGACCCGCUUUCCGCAGUCGACGCCCAUGUCGGUCGCCACAUCAUGGACAAUGCUAUUUGUGGAUUGCUCAAGGACAAGUGUCGUAUUCUUGCAACGCAUCAACUACACGUCCUCAAUCGAUGCGAUAGGGUCGUGUUGCUGAAUGAAGGUCAUAUUGAGGCGGUCGAUACUUUCGACAACCUCAUGGCCCACAACAAAACCUUCAUGAAGCUAAUGGCAACUACUGCUGUCGAAGAGGAACACAAGGACGAAGACGAGGUCAACGAGGAUGAAGUCGAGGAAGAGAAGAAGAUAAGCAAGAAGAGGCGGAACAAGAAGCCCGCUGCCGGUCUGAUGCAGCAGGAAGAACGGGCCGUCAAGAGCGUCUCAUGGAGUGUCUGGACUGCGUAUAUCAGAGCCGCAGGAGGCAUGUGGGUGGCUCCCUACGUGCUUAUACUUCUGAUCCUAUCGCAAGGAGCGAAUAUUGUCACGAGCUUGUGGCUAUCGUGGUGGACCUCUAAUAAGUUUGGGUUCACCGAAGGUGUCUAUAUUGGUGCUUAUGCGGCUCUUGGCUUUACUCAAGCAUUUCUCAUGUUCGUCUUCUCCGUUGCGGUCUCGGUCUUCGGUACCAAAGCCGGCAAGGUCAUGCUUCACCUCGCCAUCAACCGCGUGCUCCGGGCACCAAUGUCCUUUUUCGACACCACGCCGCUCGGACGAAUUACCAAUCGCUUUUCCAAGGACAUCGACGUUAUGGACAACAACCUUACCGACUCGAUCCGCAUGUACUUCAUGACCAUGGGCAUGAUCAUAUCGGUUUUCAUUCUAAUCAUCGUUUAUUUCCACUACUUCGCCGUCGCCUUAGGUCCACUGAUGGUCAUGUUCCUCUUCUCAGCGGCGUACUACCGCUCGUCAGCGAGAGAGGUCAAGCGCCACGAGUCCGUUCUCCGAAGUACUGUGUUUGCACGGUUCAGCGAGGCUGUCUUCGGCACGGCAACCAUCCGGGCGUAUGGCUUGCAGGAUCAAUUCCAAAGGACGAUUCGCGCUGCCAUCGACGACAUGGACAGUGCCUACUACCUGACGUUCGCCAAUCAAAGAUGGCUCAGCGUUCGGCUCGAUGCAAUCGGAAAUAUGCUUGUGUUUGUCGUUGGCAUUCUCGUCGUCACGUCGCGAUUCUCGGUCUCCCCGAGUAUCGGCGGGUUGGUACUGUCGUAUAUCUUGUCGAUUGUACAGAUGAUCCAAUUCACAGUACGACAGCUCGCUGAAGUCGAGAACAACAUGAAUGCUACAGAACGUAUCCACCACUACGGCACUGAACUGGAAGAGGAGGCCCCUCUACGCAUCGGCGACGUGCCCAAGUCGUGGCCAGACAAGGGCGAAAUCAUCUUCGAAGACGUGCAGAUGCGGUACCGCGAGGGUCUACCUCUGGUGCUGCAGGGCCUCAACAUGCACGUCCAGGCCGGCGAGCGCAUUGGCGUCGUUGGACGAACCGGCGCUGGCAAGUCGAGUAUCAUGAGCACGCUAUUCCGGUUGGUGGAGCUGUCCGGCGGCUCCAUCACCAUCGACGGCGUCGACAUCAGCACCAUUGGGCUGCACGACCUGCGGUCCAAGCUAGCCAUCAUCCCCCAGGAUCCCACGCUGUUUCGCGGCACCAUCCGGUCGAACCUCGACCCGUUCGACGAGCACACGGAUCUCGAGCUGUGGUCCGCGCUGCGCCAGGCCGACUUGGUGGGCGCCGAAACGACCCUGGACGACAAGACGGGCCGCAUCCACCUCGACAGCACGGUCGAGGAGGAGGGGCUGAACUUCUCGCUCGGGCAGCGGCAGCUCAUGGCGCUGGCGCGCGCCCUCGUGCGCGGGUCGCAAAUCAUCGUGUGCGACGAGGCGACCAGCUCGGUCGACUUCGAGACGGACCAGAAGAUCCAGCGGACGAUUGUCGACGGAUUUAAGGGCAAGACGCUGCUGUGCAUUGCGCAUCGGCUCAAGACCAUCAUCGGCUACGACCGCAUCUGUGUCAUGGACGCGGGGCGGAUUGCGGAGCUAGACACGCCGCUGAAUCUAUACGACAUGGGCGGUAUUUUCCGGGGCAUGUGCGAUCGUAGUUCGAUAAGGCGCGAGGACUUCUUCGUAGAGUACUAGAUCUUUCGAAUGUGGGUUGGGAGGCGGGAGGGUGGCGUGGGCGGAGCUGGUUGGAGGCGCAUAGGGGAUAGCGGGCUUUCAUAUGUCACUGCAUUACAGCACAGCAAUGUGUGGCAUUUGUGGGCGUAUAUCUGGGUUGGGGAGGUACACAUUAUAGUGCUUGGUUGAGUCUGCAUCACUGCAUACGGAGAUACUCACUCGUAACUCAGCGAUUGGUAUACAUGUCUAAGUUAUAGUUGUUAAUAGGGGGUUCAUUUCGGGAUUCGGGCGCUGGGGGAUCCAAAAGAUGUAGCUGGGUGUAGAUGGCAGUGCAGAAUAGUUCGAAGUUGAAAAGGCAAUAUUGAUCAAUCGACGCUGGGUGUACAGUGCUAGAACACAACUUUGGGCACGCCGUCUUUUUAAUCUCGUCCCUAUUC